AUGGGGUGCUGCCCGGGAGAUUGCCUCAACUGCUGCUCCCAGGAACAAGACUGCUGUGAGGAGUGUUGCUGCCAGCAAGGCUGCUGUAGCUGCUGCGGGUCCUGCUGUGGCUGCUGUGGUUCCUGCUGUGGCUGCGGAGGCUCUGGCUGUGGAUCUGGCUGCUGCGGGUCUGGCUGCGGGUCUAGCUGCUGUGGAUCUGGCUGUGGGGGCUGCGGAGGAGGCUGCGGAGGAGGCUGCGGGGGCUGCGGAGGAGGCUGCUGUGGCUCCAGCUGCUGUGGUUCCGGGUGCUGUGGUCCAGUGUGCUGUCAGCCCACACCUGUGUGUGAAACGAAAUGAAGACCUUCCCCUCUGUAACUGAGGCAGUGUCGGGGACAGCCUCCGCCUACUCCAGACGGAGAACUCCUCACCUCCAGAC